AUGACCUCAUCAUCUGCAGGAUACUCGAGGCUCGCGACCGACGCGAAUGCGGACGCGAUUCCAUUGUCUGCUAGAGCCUCUCCAGACGUGAGGGAAGCCAAUGAAUCAAAUCAAUCUCGCAGGAACUCAAGAUCAUAUGUGCGUACUGUCUUAUAUAUUGUUGGGAUCCUUGCCGUAGUCAUGGCUUCUUUUCGAUUUGGUCAACUUUCGGUCGUCCUUCCUCCUCGCGAAGCGCCGGGCGGCAGACCGUCUGUGUCAGGUUCCGCAGCCGACCAUAACACAACCAGGCCCGAGAUGGCCAAUAAACUCAGUGUCGGAUACUUUGUGAAUUGGGGAAUUUACGGCCGAAAAUUCCCUCCUUCUGCAAUUCAAGCUGAUACACUUACCCACAUCCUUUACGCUUUCGCCAAUACCUCACCUGAUGGGUCCGUUAUUCUCUCCGACAAAUGGGCCGAUACCGAUAUCCACUAUCCCGGCGAUUCGUGGAAUGAAGAUCAAUCGUCCAAUCUCUAUGGAUGCUUCAAACAAUUAUAUCUCCUCAAAAAGAUAAAUCGGCACCUCAAAGUACUUUUGAGUAUUGGAGGGUGGACAUACUCUCCGGCCCUGCACCCGAUUGUCGUAGAUCCUCAUAAGCGCACCAAGUUCGUGGAGACCGCAGUAACACUGCUGGAGGAUCUCGGAUUGGAUGGUCUCGACGUGGACUACGAGUUUCCCCAGAACGAUGAGCAAGCCCGAGGUUAUGUCUCUUUACUACGCGAACUUCGCCUAGGACUAGAUGCCCAUGCACAGAAGAAGGGCACGGAUUACCAUUUCGCCCUGACGAUUGCUGCUCCUUGUGGUCCUUCUCAUUACGAGAAAUUGCACGCGCGAGAAAUGGAUAGCUACUUGACUUUUUGGAACCUAAUGUCAUACGAUUAUGCCGGUUCUUGGGAUUCAGUAUCUGGUCACCAAUCCAAUCUAUUUGGGGGACCAGGAGAGGCUAGCACAGAUCGGGCAGUGAAAUGGUACCUAUCACAAGGCAUUAGGCGAGAGAAACUUGUUAUUGGAAUUCCGCUAUAUGGACGUUCAUUCACGAAUACCGAUGGACCAGGGAAAUCCUAUAAUGGAGUAGGGCCAGGUUCAUGGGAAGCCGGAUCCUACGACUACCGGGUGCUACCCCUUCCGGCUGGUCAUACGAUCCUCGUAAAAAAAAAGAUCACCUAUGAUAACGAGGAAAUCGGAGUCACCAAAGGCCAGUGGAUCAGAAACGAAGGCUUAGCUGGUGCCAUGUAUUGGGAACUUUCGGGUGACAAGUGUCCCUCUAACCCGAAUCGUCCAGAAAUGGAGAAAGGUCCUGGUAAGGAUGCGAGUCCAGGAGCUUCGUUAGUCCAGGCAGAAAAAUCCCCUGAGACCCCUCAUCGACAGGCUAUCACUCCUAAUGGGGUCUAUCAGUCGCCAAGUUCGGAGAUGCUCUCUCAGAGCCUUGAAACGGUCACUCGAACGGAGCCCGAUCACUUUUCUCCACCUGCAUAUUCUCGCUACAGGCAUUCUGAUGAAUCCACCCUGGAACAAGGAGAGGCAUCUUUUAUAACACGGUUUGCGCACGAUAUCUCCGAAAAAAGGGGUGAAGCCCUACUUGGAUUAAAGCUCGAUGCCGAAGCCGCAUUUCAAGACGAUGGGCGGCUGCAAAUCUCCUUUGGCCGUCGGUUGUCCAAAUCACUACCACCAAAUUACGCAGAGCCAGUGAAGGAAGUUGGACUCGACGAAGUGGGAUUCCACGACGCGCCUCCCAUGAACGUUAACAUCAUGAUCGUAGGAAGCAGAGGGGACGUACAGCCUUAUCUUGCACUUGGCCAGAGGCUUCAAAAAUAUGGCCACACCGUUCGAAUAUCGACACAUGAAACAUUUCGCAAACUAGUGAAAGACUCUGGGCUACGUUUCUUUAACAUCGGGGGAGACCCUCAUGAGCUAAUGAGCUACAUGGUUCGGAAUCCUGGACUCAUUCCUGGUUUCGAAAGUGUGCUGAAAGGCGACAUUGGGAAGAAACAAGUGAUGGUCGCUGAGAUGCUUGAAAGGUGUUGCCUAUCGUGCUAUGAAGUUGACGAAGGGUCGCCGAAUGAAGGUGGAUUUGUAGCAGACGCGAUAAUAUCUAAUCCCCCCACUUUUGCCCAUAUUCACUGUGCCGAAGCGCUUGGAAUUCCUUUACUCUUGUCAUUCACUAUGCCGUGGUGUGCUACUGCUGCCUUUCCGCACCCGCUAGUGGACAUCAAGCAGAACGGAUCACAUGAACCAAAUGCGGUAAAUUAUUACUCUUAUACCCUGGUAGAUAUGUUGACAUGGCAAGGGCUCGGCAAUGUUAUCAACAAGUUCCGUACCAAAAAGCUAGGGCUCCCCAGUUUGACAACUGCAUCAGCUGUAACCAUGAUACAACGUAGUGCCAUCCCUUGGACUUACUGCAUCUCACCCGCGCUUGUCCCAAAACCACAAGACUGGCUGACACAUAUUGAUGUGGUUGGCUUUUAUUUCUUGGACCUGGCAAAAGAUUACGUCCCCCCUACUGAAUUGUUCGAGUUCAUUGCUUCAGGGGAGCCACCAAUAUACGUCGGAUUCGGUUCAAUUGUUUUAAAAGAUCCACAAGAAAUGACUGGGGCCAUUCUUGGAGGUAUUGCGAAGGCAGGGGUGCGAGCAAUUGUGUCACCAGGGUGGGGCGGGCUAGAUGAGGCGAUGAUCAGAGCGGCUGGACCCCAUGUGUUUGCUCUCGGGAAUGCACCACACGAUUGGCUCUUUCAAUAUGUAAGCGCUGUUUGCCACCAUGGAGGGGCAGGUACAACGGCCAUUGGAUUGAAGUGCGGGAAACCUACAAUCAUCGUCCCAUUCUUUGGUGAUCAGCCAUGGUGGGCUGCUCAGCUAGCGCAGCAGGGUGCUGGGCCCGAGCCCCUGGACUCAAGGAACUUGACCUCGGACGGCUUUGCAGCUGCGAUUCGAGCUGCUCUAUCCCCAAGUAUGGUCGUGGCGGCACAAAGAAUUAGUGAGAUGAUAAAUAGCGAAGAUGGAGUCAAGAAUGGAGUAGAAUCAUUUCACAAACACCUUCCCUUACUCAAUAUGCGGUGUGAUCUUGACCCCAAACGGACUGCAGUUUGGUAUAGCCCAGCACAUAAAUUAAGACUGAGUGCAUUUUCUGCUCAGGUAUUGGCAGACCGAGGAGAGAUCGAUAUCAAUAAGCUGAAGUUACAUAGAUCCCGUGAAUACAGAACAUAUGCAUCGGCCACGGACCCUAUCAGCGGCACUGCACUCCCACUACUCAGAGUUGUCAACGGCUUCGUUCAUGGAGUAUUCAGGAUCGGUUCCACUAGACCCGAUAAAGGAGUUGCACAGAUGGUCACUUCAACCGUCGGAGGCGAGAUUACAAACGGUCCUUCAAGUGAGGUCCGUGAACCGAAACAAGUGACCGGAAUGGGCUCUGGUUUCGUGGAAGGUGGCAAGGGAUUUGCUUAUGGCUUUUACGAUGGUGUUGUUGGCUUAGUAGCUGACCCGGUGAAAGGGUUCAAGGAAAAGGGUGCUUUGGGUGCUGCCGUUGGAGUCGGCACUGGAGCACUAAACUUAACUAUUAAACCUGCUGCCGGAAUUUUCCAACUGUUCUCUAUGCCAGUGGAGGGCGGGGUCAGAGGUAUUCGUACUUUGUUUAGCAAGGAUGUCAGCCAGGAAAGAGUUGCAGCACGGCGUGCGGAAGGGAUACAUGCCCUGAAUGAAUCGAAUCAGACAGAGCAAGAAGUGGUUGUUCAAGCAUUCACCGAAUACAAGGCCAAGACGUUGCGCGAAAGAAAAGGAAAAGGAAAAGGAAAAAUGACGUAA